AUGAUCAAGGUCAGGCUAGCACAGUUCAUCGUUCUAGUAGUUCUUUGUUUAUGUUGUGUACCUUGCCAUGCUAAGGAUCGCUACUGUCAGCCCUCGUCCUGCGGCGACAUCCCUAAUAUAAGUUACCCGUUCCGACUCCUUGAUGAUCCACCGGAGUGCGGUGACAUAAGGUAUAACCUGUCUUGUGAGAACAAUCUCACUGUUUUACACUUGUAUCCAGCAAGAUACUUUGUACUUGCCAUCAAUUAUGAAAAUGCCACAAUCCGAGUUGUGGAUGCCAACGUUCAUAAGGGUAACUGCUCUUCACUUCCUCCUUAUUCGUUGUCCAGCUAUAACUUCAGUCAUCAUGUCGACCCACAUGCCAAUUGGAGGAACGCCUAUUGUCCUGAAGAGACAAUCGCUAUCAUGUUUCUGACCUGUGAAGCUCGGCCAGAUAAUACUUCAUCUCUGUAUGUGGAUACUGCGCCUUGCAUUAACGCAACAAGUGGCCAUUCUUUUGUCGUUGUCACUGAAGGCUUAUAUGCAUCGGAAUUGUUGGAUUCAUGCAAUAUAGAGCUACAGGUUUUGUCCUCAGCGGAUUGGUAUGGUACAAAGGACGUGAAAAGGUCCUACAUAGAUAUCCACAACGAGCUGCUCUAUGGUAAUUGUUGA